AUCCGAAUUUUACCCAAUUACUCACCUGUUUACCAGCAUCGUUUUACCGGUCCUUUUAACCCCAAGCCCAGGUGUCCCGUAAAGUGAAUCGACACAUCUGCCGACCUCCACUUCCCACCCUCCUGCCUUUCCCUACGUCCUUCACCUCCACUGGUACUUAUUCCUACUUUUGAUUACACAUCAGUUAUCUCACAUAUCAUGUCCAACGUUUUGGAAGACCCCCAGUUGGAUUUGAACAUAUCGUCCAACAUCUCCAACGAUCACGUGUCGUUGUUGGACCCGGCGCUUGAGUAUCUCGAUGACAGUACGUAUGACGGCGGCCUAGCGGAUUACAACGAUAAUGGUAACUACACCCACUCCAACAUCUCCAACACCUCCAAUACCUCCAACACCACCCCUGAAUUCAGCUCGCCCAACGAUGCCCACUACGCCAAUUACCACUACAAUGCCGCCGCCACCGCUGCCCCCGCCAUGAAUCAUCCCGACAACUACUAUGAUUAUACCCACUUAACCGGCUUCAAGUCACAUGUCAAGUCCCAGAGCUUUAGUCUCCCCGAUAAGUUGAACUUAUUGUCUUUACAGAAUAUCAGCCAGGAUAGCUCCAAGUCGCCGAGUCCCGAAUUUAUCUACCACGCUAAAGACGACCAUGACGAUCGGACCAUUAACCCCAAGCAGUUGUUCACCAUUAAAAACGUCAAACCGGCUGCCAUCAGCACUGCCAGUGUGCAAGGCGCUACUGCAGUUGUUCCCGGUACCGGUGCCGGCGUGUCCCGUAAGAACAAGCGAAAGAGUAUGGACCACGAAGAAACGCUAACCUUCGACCCUCCCAUUGCCGACACCGGCAUGCACCCGGACGAACGACGUGAGUAUGUGCUCCCUUCGUCGUCGUCGUCGCCCAACUUGUCCACUUUUUUCAGCCAGUAUACCCAAAGAAAUUUGGACAUGGACUUCAAGAUGAACAAUGAGUGUUUUAAUGCCAUUAAAAUGUGGUUGAACAACAACGACUUGGGUAGUAAUGGAAACAAUGAGAUUGUCAUCAACCCCACCGGGAUCAUCAAGAACACCAGCACCUUGUCCAAGCGACGCAAUUCGAUUCAGUCGGUCAACGCGUCACCUGCUCCCGUCACUCCUGCAAUUGAAAAGAGAAAGAGACGUAAGUCUACCAACUCAAACGCCACUCUAACUGAGUUCAAGGCGUCACUCUUCAGCAUGGAUGUCCACGAGUUGGAUCACGACCUCGAGGUGAGUUUGUCUCCAACAGACCGAAACUCCAGAGAAUCAACCUCAAAAAGCUCAAGCCAACAGCCUGGCAGUGCCGGUGUUGGCGUGGGCAGUGGGGACGAUGAGACCGGCAAGCCAUUCCCUUGUCCCGAGUGUAACAAGCAGUUCAAGCGGUCGGAGCAUCUCAAACGGCACAUAAGAUCAGUACAUUCGAAUAUUCGGCCUUUCCACUGCAAGUACUGUGAAAAACAAUUUAGUAGGUCAGACAAUUUGGCCCAGCAUCUCAAGACCCAUUACAAGUUGAAUGCCAAUGGUACCACAUCGAUUAUUUACGGCAACCCCAAUCUUCACAAUCGUGGGGGUCGUAGAAAGAACAGUGGUUCGAAUGGGGUUUCAGGGAUGAUGGGGCCAGGGUCUCCUACGCAGCCUAGCAGUACUGGUACUGACUAGGGUUUACGAUUUAUAGUGUAUGGAUAAGAUUCUGAAAA